AUUUUAGUUAUACUUUUUUAUUUAAAUAAAACCAUUAAUCUUUAAAAUUUAAUUAAACUGUUUUAAUUUAAAUACGGAGUUGUUAAAAAUAUUGACGUUAUGACAAUUUAUAUAUACCCCAUUAUAAGAAAAUAAAAAUAUUGGCCGUUGUCGUCGACAGAAUGAACAGAGAAGAUCACAAGAAGACCGACCACGAUUCCCACUUCUCCGAAUGGAAGCUUCUCAUUUGUCCUCAUGACUGGAAAAAUGGGAAAGGAGGAGCGGUGACCAGAUACAGGUUUGAAAAUCUUCCGAAAAGUUCAGGUCCAGGAAUCUAUGAGCUUGCGGUGUGUAAACUGCCGAGUAGGGACCGCCGUGGCAAGCUUGAACCUGAUAGGGUGGUUUAUGUUGGGGAGGCUGAAAAUAUAAGAGCAAGACUCCAACAAUAUGGCCGUGAUGGUACUCAUCUCUGUCGAAAAAAUGGAUUUGGUGAAAAAGGAUGUCCUUCGUUUGAUAAAAUUUUUGCAAGGGGUUGCUCUAUUAUCUACAGAUGGGCUCGUAUGAAAAGUAAGGCAGCAGCUCAAAGAACUGAAGCUCAACUUCUUGAAAAAUUCGAUUAUGCAUGGAAUAAAGGUUCUAAUGGUGCACGUCGCCACAAUGAUAUCCUUCGGAAACUAGAUAAACAUGUAUCCAACAAAAAACAUUUGCCCAUCAAAAUCAAAUCAAACAAGCAAGUAAAUGGAAGAUGCCGGAGCCACUUAAAUUAUGGCGGGGACGGCGGUAGCAGUUUUACUCCACGAUGGUUGGACCACGGUGGUGGUGGUGGUGAUUUUACAUCCAUUUGUGGAGCACCCACUUGCGAUGGUGCUCCUUGUGAGAGACCGGUUAAUGGAAAUGGAAGAUGUUGGCAACAUUCGAAUUAUGGUCGCAGUAGUAGUUGUUUUACUUCACGGAGCUUAAAUUAUGGCGGCUAUGGCAGCAGUUUUACUCCGCAGUGGUUGGACCAUGGUGGUGAUGAUAUUAUAUUAAUUUGUGGAGCAACCACCUACAAUGGUGCUCCUUGCGAGAGACCGGUUAGUGGAAAUGGAAGGUGUUGGCAACACUUGGAUUAUGGCAGGGACGGCGGUAGCAGUUUUACUCCACAAUGGUUGGACCACGGUGGUGGUGAUAUUACAUCCGUUUGUGGAGCACCCACCUGCGAUGGUGCUCCUUGUGAGAGACCGGUUAGUGGAAAUGGAAGAUGUUGGCAACAUUCGAAUUAUGGUCGCAGUAGUAGUUGUUUUACUUCACGGAACUUAAAUUAUGGCGGCUAUGGUAGCAGUUUUACUCCGCGGUGGUUGGACCAUGGUGGUGAUGAUAUUAUAUUAAUUUGUGGAGCAACCACCUGCAAUGGUGCUCCUUGCGAGAGACCGGUUAUUGGAAAUGGAAGGUGUUGGCAACACUUGGAUUAUGGUUGCAGCAGCAGCAGCAGCAGCAGCAGCAGCAGCAGCAGUGGUAGAUAUUGAUAGCACUGAUCAAUCAAGGUCGGUCGGUCGGAGCAUUUGUGGAUCGAGAGUUACCCUUUCGUCUGCCCCGGUGAUUGUCUGAACGAAAGGAUUAACUUAACAAUAGCAUAAUUGUCUAUUAGCUUAGGCUAGAGGUGGAUUUACAUUGUAGCUUUUGUGUUUGGAUGUGUGAUUGUUGUGAAUAUUAUGUGCAAAUUACAAAAAUAAAGUUAUUGUAUUUAUAUUCAAGUGAAGCUUGGUAUUUGUAAUGGAAUAUUGAGGAGGGUAAUAUAGAGUUAAUUAAUUAA